UUGUGUCCCCCAUUCCUGCAGCACCACCCAGACCCCACGAUUCUCACCUCACAAAUUCCCGCCUUCCCGCCCUCCCUCCUGAGGGGACAGCCCGGGAACACCCCCCUCUCCGUCCGGCCCCACAGACCGGGGCCUUCCCGCCUCGCCUCGCCCCGUCCCCUCACACCGCAGCCCCCGCCACCCCUCAGGGUGUGCCGACCCGGGGGAGGAGAAGGAGGGGAGGGAGAAGGUCCCCCCCGGCUCUUACAAAAGCUUCCCGGGCGAGGAGAGCCGGCUGUGUCCUGUGAGGAAGCGGCCAUGCCCCUGAGGAAGCCGGCGGGCAAGCGGCGGAGCACCGACUCGGGAGUGGAGCCCGACCGCGGGGCCCUCUCUCAGGAGAAGAAGGACCAACGCAUCGAGCUCUUCCUCAGAGACUUCGACCAGCAGGCCAAGGAAAAUAUCCAGGAAAUGAAGAAAGAGCUUCAUUCGCUUCUGCAAACAGCUGAGAAGGCGUUUACGGUGGAGCUGCUGAAGAUGCCAGUUGCCAUCAGGAAAAUGAGAAGAAAAGACUUGCUUAAUUUGCAAGGAAGGGAGGAAGUGGCUCUUGCUGCUGCAGUGACUGACUGUUCUCUAGAAGAAGUACCCAAUCCAAAACUCUCCAGGACCAACAGCAGAAAAGUUAAGGUAACUACAAUUGUUGAAUAUGAAGAUGCCAAGCAUGUUUCUGCAACAAAAGUGUGUAAAAAAGUGUCCAAAACAAAGUCAUUGGUUUCAUUGUCCUCCGGUUUAAACAGCAAAUUCCAGCCUCUUUCUAGAUCUGCUCAGUCUCAUGUAAAUGUGACUGACGCUGUCAGGUCUCUUGCUUCUGAUUGCAGUGCCACAAAUUUCAAAACUCUGCCAAAGCUAUCUAGAAGUGCUGGACUCCAACAGCCUGUCUCCAGAACUCUGCCUACCCGUGGAAGGGUUCACGGCAUGUUACUGCGAAGUAAAUCGGUACCCCGAGAUAAAACUGUUCCGUUUGUAAACAUUCCUCUGGCUGAUGGACAGACGCUCUGUACGGCUGGUGGAGACCUCCGUAACAUUGAUGUGCAGCUACUAAAUCAAGAUACAGUACAGCAUAUUCAUCACCUAGUGAGCGAGCUGACUGUACUCUGUGGAAAGGCAUCAGCUAAACCAAGUUAAUGGAACUGUCUUCUGACUAAAGAAUAUUCAUGACAGCUCUUGCUGCCUCUGAAGUGUUUAGAGAAUGUCUAUAAUGUCUUAAUAAAGCUG